AUGGCUGAUGCAGCGGCACGUCGUUCUCAGUACGAGUACAAAGCGAAUUCAAAUCUUGUUUUACAAGUCGACAAAUCAUUGAUUGAUCGUCGUCUUCGAGAUGAAGCGACUGGUGAAGUAUUAUCACUUAGUUCUCAUAUGUUAGGAACCAAAAUGGGUGAUAAAGCACAACGUACAAGACCAGAAAAGAAAGACAAAAAACAAAAGAAAGAAGACGAAUAUUCAAAAUAUGACAUAACACGUUUUAAAGGUCAAACAUUGUUAUCAGAUGGUACAUCGGAUGAUACUUCAAGUAUUAUGUAUCGUCCAAAAACACAAGAAACAAAACAAACAUACGAAUUUUUAUUAGGUUUUAUCCAAGAAGCUCUUGGUGAUCAGGCACGUAAUGUUUUAUGUGGAGCGGCUGAUGAAGUAUUAAUUAUAUUAAAAAAUGAUAAAUUACGUGAUAAAGAACGUAAACAUGAAAUAGAAACAUUACUGAGCAGUAAAAUACCUGAUCAACGAUUUGCAUUACUAGUUAAUCUUGGAAAGAAAAUAACAGAUUGGUCAACAGAUGAUAAAACAAAACAAGAAGAAGAAAUCGAUGAAACGUAUGGUGUGAACGUUGAAUUUGAAGGUAGUGAUUCUGAACGGGAUGAUGAUGUUGAUGAAAUACGAGACGAUGAAGAGGCAGAUGACGAAGGAGAAGACGCAAAAAUGGAUUAUACCAUACAAGGAAAAAACGUCAUCGAUAAAAAUAUUAGUGGCGAUGAUUUAGCACGUCAAAAUAAAUCAUUACAAGCACACGAUAUAGAUGCAUAUUGGUUACAACGAAAACUAAGUAAAGUCUACGAUGAACCGAUGGUGGCACAAACAAAAGCGCAGGAAGUUCUUGAAAUAUUAAAAAAUGCAUCAGAUGAUCGUGAAUUAGAAAAUCAGCUUGUUUUAUUACUGGGUUAUAAUCAAUUUGAUUUUAUAAAAAUUUUACGUGCUAAUCGACAGAUGAUUUUAUAUUGUACACUACUUGCAUCAUCACAAAGUGCAUCGGAGAAGGCACGUAUUGAAGAUAAAAUGCGAAGUGAUCCUGAACUAAAUCGAAUAUUACAAGCAUUAUUAGAAACAGAGAAAAAUGAUAAUGUAGCUGAUGCACGUGAUCGUCGUGUAGCAGCAAGAAAAGCACGUGAACAAGAGCCAAUGGAUGUUGAAAAUGGAACCUCAGAGUCUUGGAAUCCACAACAUGUGUUAAAUUUAGAAGAUCUUGUAUUUACUCAAGGUAGUCAUUUUAUGGCUAAUAAAAGUUGCAAACUACCAGAAGGUUCAUAUCGCUUUCAGAAAAAAGGGUAUGAAGAAGUUCAUGUUCCAUCAUUAAAACCAGCACCGUUGGAUCCCGGUGAAGUUUUAUAUCCUGUAGCUGAUCUUCCUAAAUAUGCACAACCAGCAUUUGAAAAUUAUAAAGAGUUAAAUCGUAUUCAAACAAGAAUGGUUAAAAUAACGUUGGAAACAGAUGAAAAUAUCUUAUUGUGUGCACCCACUGGUGCUGGCAAAACAAAUAUUGCAUUAUUAUGUAUUCUACGUGAAAUCGGCAAACAUGUUUUGCCAGAUGGUUCAAUUAAUACAGAUGAAUUUAAAAUGAUUUACAUUGCACCAAUGCGCUCACUUGUUCAGGAAGUUGUAGGCAAUUUUACGAUGCGUUUGAAUCCUUAUGGUGUUAAAGUAGCUGAGUUAACCGGUGAUCAUCAGUUAUCAAAAGAACAAAUUAAUGAAACACAAUUAAUCGUCUGUACACCAGAAAAAUGGGAUAUUGUUACGAGAAAAGGUGGUGAACGUGCAUAUACGCAAUUGGUUCGAUUAAUUAUUGUCGAUGAAAUACACUUGUUACAUGAUGAUCGUGGACCGGUAUUAGAAGCUGUUAUUGCUCGUACAAUUCGUACUAUUGGAACAACACACGAUGAAGUUCGAUUUGUUGGUUUGAGUGCCACAUUACCUAAUUAUGAAGAUAUUGCAACAUUUUUAUGUGUGAAAAAAGAAGGUCUAUUUCAUUUUAAUAAUAGUUAUCGUCCUGUGCCACUAGAACAACAGUAUAUUGGUAUAACAGAGAAAAAAGCUAUCAAACGUUUCCAAAUAAUGAAUGAUCUUGUGUAUGAAAAAGUCAUGGAACAUGCUGGAAAAAAUCAGGUUUUGAUAUUCGUGCAUUCUCGUAAAGAAACAGGAAAAACAGCUCGAGCCAUUCGUGAUGCAUGCCUGGAAAAAGAUACAAUUGGUGCAUUUUUAAGAGAAGGAUCAGCAUCAAUGGAAAUUCUUCGUACAGAAGCUGAACAAACAAAAAAUUUGGAAUUGAAAGAUCUCUUUCCAUAUUCUUUCGCUAUUCAUCACGCUGGUAUGAAUCGUGCCGAUCGAACAUUAGUCGAAGAUUUGUUUGCUGAACGUCAUAUUCAGGUGCUUGUAUCAACAGCAACAUUAGCAUGGGGUGUAAAUUUACCGGCCCAUACAGUCAUUAUCAAAGGUACACAAGUUUAUAAUCCCGAAAAAGGACGUUGGACAGAACUGGGUGCAUUAGACGUGAUGCAAAUGCUUGGACGUGCUGGCCGUCCACAGUAUGAUACAAAAGGUGAAGGUAUACUUAUUACAAGUCAUAAUGAAUUACAAUAUUAUUUAUCGUUAAUGAAUCAACAAGUGAGUGUUGUGUAUGAUUUAAAUAUUUUCAUAAAAGAAUGGUUGUUUGUGAAAUAGCUCGUCUCUGAUCAGAGCUAGGACGAAAGUAUUUGUACUUGUACUUUUAGUACUUUUUCAAGUAAAAGUAUUAUACUUGUACUUGCAAAAAUGUACUUGAUACUUGUACUUAUACUUUAAGAAAAGUACUUG